UCGUCCGGAGGUCCGCGCCGGGAGGCGGGUCUUAGCAAACGUGGUCGCGCAGGGGUUUGUACUGGGACUGUUGCUGCCCUUAAUCCUGCAGGCUCGCACCAGGGCAGCUGCUGAUUUUCGAUUUGCCUCACACAUCCAUAAUCACAUGGUGCUUCAGAAGGAGCCCGCAGGGGCGGUGAUUUGGGGCUAUGGCACACGGGGAGCCACAGUGGCAGUGACUCUUCAUCAAGAUCAGGAAGUCAUCAUGAAGAAAGUGACUCCUGUGAAAGCACCCUCUAAUACCUGGAUGGUGGUGCUGGACCCUUUGAAGCCUGGCGGACCUUAUGAAGUCCUGGCACAGCAGACUUACGGGAGAAGGAACCUGACUCUUGGCGUCCGUGAUGUCUUAUUUGGAGACGUCUGGCUUUGCAGUGGGCAGAGUAACAUGCAGAUGACGGUCUCCCAGAUAUUUAACGCUACGAGAGAGCUGUCCAACACCGCUGCCUACCAGUCAGUCCGCAUCCUCUCUGUGUCCCGGGCUCAGGCGGAGCAGGAGCUGGAGGAUCUUGCUGCGGUUGAUCUGGAAUGGUCAAAGCCCACCGCGGACAACUUAGGCCACGGAAGUUUUGAGUACAUGUCAGCCGUGUGCUGGCUCUUUGGGCGUUACCUGUAUGACACGCUGCAGCAUCCCGUUGGGCUGAUCUCCGCCUCGUGGGGUGGGACCCCCAUCGAAGCCUGGUCACCUGGAAGGUCCCUGAAAGCCUGUGGGGUCCCUAAGCAAGGGUUCGUCCCACCCGACUCUGUGACUGGCCCCAGUAAGCCCUCGGUUCUCUGGAACGCCAUGAUCCAUCCCCUGUGCAGUGUGACUCUGAAAGGCGUAAUAUGGUACCAGGGGGAGGCCAACGUAAAUUUUAACAGAGACCUGUACAACUGCACGUUCCCCGCACUCAUUGCCGACUGGCGCCAAACCUUCCACCUCGGCUCUCAGGGGCAGACAGAGCGUCUCUUCCCGUUCGGUUUUGUUCAGUUGUCUUCUGUUUUGUCUGGUGCAGCCUCGGAUGACGGAUUUUCCCAGAUCCGCUGGCAUCAAACGGCAGAUGUUGGCUAUGUCCCCAACCUGAGGAUGCCCAACACUUUCAUGGCUGUAGCGAUGGAUCUCGGUGACAGGACCUCGCCUUUCGGCAGCAUCCACCCUCGAGAUAAACAGACCGUGGCCUACCGGCUGCACCUGGGGGCCCGCGCGGUGGCCUACGGUGAGAAGCAGCUGACCUUUCAGGGGCCGCUGCCUGAGAAGAUAGCGCUCUUGGUGGACAGAGGGCUGCUUAACCUCACGUAUUCCCAGGAAGUCCUGGUGCGAAGGCUGGAUGACAGGAUCUUCGAGGUCUCAUGUUGUGGCAACCGGCGGUGCACGUGGCUUCCGGCUCCCAUGAACACUUUCUCCACCCGGACGCUGGCCCUGAAUACCAGUUCGUGUUCUGGCGCUCUGGUUGCUGUCCGCUAUGCCUGGACCGCAUGGCCUUGUGAAUAUAAGCUGUGUCCCCUCUACCACCCCAGCAGCACCCUGCCAGCUCCUCCCUUCACUGCUUUCAUGGCAGACCAGAUGCCUGGAUCUCACAGCAGGGUUGCUAAGUGAUGCAGUAUGACCACAGGCAGAAGUACGGAUCCCUUAGAAAUGGGCAUUUAGGAGUUUAAAUGAUGACAACACAACAGUUGCUUUUAUUUUUUUUAUUUUUAUAAAGAUUUUAUUUAUCUUUAGAGGGGAAGGGAAUGAGACAGGGAGAGAAAUAUCAAUGUAUGGUUGCCUCUCAUGCAUCCCUUGCUGGGAACUGGCCUGCAACCCAGGCAUGUGCCCUGACUGGGAAUUGAACCACGAUCCUUUGGUUCACAGGCCUGUGCUCAAUCCACUGAGCUACACCAGCCAGGGCAACAGUUGCUUUUAAAGAAAAUUAAUAGAAACUUGUUGGACAGUUCCCAGCGAGCACCAGGCUGUUUCUGUAUUUUGAGCUGAGUCAGGCCUGGUAGAUAAUGAAAUGCCUGCCUUCUGUCCUCCAGUUCAGGUCUCCCCAACCUCCGGGCCAUGGACCAGUACCAGUCCCAGCCUGACUGGUCAGUACCAGGCACUGGGCCACACAGGCGGAGGUGAGCUUGAAUGUCAUGCGCUUGAAAACCAUCUUGAAACCAUCCCCCUCCUGUGGAAAAAUUGUCUUCCACGAAACUGGUCCCUGGUGCCAAAAAGGUUGGGAACAGCUGCUCUGGUUAGGCUGGUUGUCCAUAGUGGUCUCACGCCAGACUACAAAUAAAUCAAACCGCAGUGUCAUUCACUUCCUUCCGGGUGAAACAUCUGGCUGGCCCACAAGGCCUUGCAGGUCCUCCCAGCACUGUUUCUGCAAUUCCGGGUGUGGGGGGACGAAGUGUUGGAUGUUACACUCCACGCCAAAAUCAGUUCUGCUCUUUGAGUCUGAGUAGCGGCAGUGUGAAUGCUGAGUUAGCAAGGCAGAACCACGUGCAUGCAUCAGGGGAGGUGCAGAGGGCCGGCCCCAGGAACAGAGAAAAGGCGAGGCCAUGGUAGCAAAGACACCCCGGUUGCCAGCAGCAUGUCUGGGGGGAUCACAAGCUUAGGAAGAAUGCGACUCUGGAGGUCACUGACGGGCAAACAGGUCAUUACAGUUAAAUAGAAAUCUCAGGCUCUUUAAAGUUAAGAGUUUUAACUAUAAAAACAAUAUCCAGAUGGAAGAAAAAAGGGAGGCUGAAAGUAAAGCUUCGUGAUGAGCAUUUAGAGAAGUAACCCUCAUGGGACAAAUGUGAAAGAGGGCUUUUGUGUGAGCUUUUAAGAAUCGUAUUUAUUGGUUUAUUAAAAACAGUUAACAGCACUUGGUAAUUGUGUGUUGUCUACUAGAAGUUAGAAAUGUAAGUAUACAGUCACAAGCUGCUUGACAGGGACAGUGUGUGCACCUCAUCAUCUGGCGGUUUUGUCACGAAAACAUCACAGGUGCACUCACACAAACCUGGGUGGCACUGCUCAUCUGCUGCACCUGGGCUGUUACUGUCCCAAAGAUUGCUGGCAGUUUACAGGGGUGUUUGUGUGCCCAAACAUAUCUAAGCACAGGAGAGGUACAGUAAAGUCAUGGUAUGAGAUAAAAACGGUGCACCUGUAGGGGGCACUCACCAUGCAUGGGGCUGGCAGGACCGGAAGUCGUUCUGGGUGAGGCAGUGCAGGAAGUGGUGCUGUGAAGGCUGAGGACAUUCCUGCUCACUGCUGUUGAGGUCACAAACACUGUGCUCUUACGAUACUCUGAAUUUAUAUAAAAAUGUUUUUCUUCCAUAGUGAAUUAGCCUGGGCUUACUGAAACUUUUUACUUUAUAAACUAGACCAAGUCAAGAAGCUGAGGUUCCUUUCAUCUCCAAUAACCUAGUGCACAGUGUGAAAAACGAGGUUUAGGGAGUGGACAUAUUAAUGAAAAGUCAUGUAAAAGUUGACUUAUUUUUAAUGGUUGAAUAAUUUAUUUUUAAUGAUUGAAUAAUUUAAAACAUUUUGUGGGAACUCAGCUUGUUUCCCAAAUGAAAUAACAUUUUACUGUUUAAAAAUGAUAUUUAUAAUCACUGUAGAUGAUUUGGACACUAACAAAAAUAUAAGUAAAAAAUAACCCCAAAUCCAUCAUUUGGAAAGUAACAGUUAUUUUGGUGAACAGUCACUUGAUUUGUCUGGGUUGUACUGUACACACUACACUGGGUAUUACUUUGUAAUCUGUGCUUUUCAUUUAUUCCAGGAAAGUAAUUUUCCUGUUAAACUGUAUACAGAUUUGAGUGUUUUGUUUUAUGGUAGCCCCACGCUUUAACCAAUUGCCUAUUUGUGGACUUAGAGGUUUUCUCCCACUUUUUUACUAUUAAACGAACAGUGUGGUAAUUGUUACUUGCAAACAUCAUACCACACUUAAUUUUCUUAGGACCCUUAAUGUGCAGUAACAGUUUUAAGGAUAAAUAUGUUUACAGCUGUGAUACCUUCUCAGGAGUCCAACAGUUUCGAUUCCCAGGAACAGUGCUGUUCUUUACCUCAUUCUCACUGACACUGCACGUGGUAAAACUCAAAAAACCCCUAACAAUCCAGCAGAUGACAGAUAUAUGGUACUGUUUUUCAACUUUUUAAAAAUGAUGAUCCAUAAAAAACAUUUGAUAUUCCAUGUAUCCCCAUACAUGUGAACGCAUGUCUGAUAUUUAUAUAAAUACAUACAUACACACUAUAUUUGAUAAGAGUUUUAGCCUUUUGGCACAUGAUGCAUUUCAAUACAGUCUGAUUAGUUUAAAUUUAAAAGAUGUACAUCUUGACUCCCUAAGUUUCAGAACCACAAAUGGGUUCUUUCUGUUCUAGGAAAGCUACUAAGUGAAUAUUUUUUUUCAAAGAUUUUAUUUAUUUAUCUUUAGAGGGGAAGGGAAGGAGAGAAGGAGAAAUAUCAAUGUAUGGUUGUCUCUCGUGCGUCCCCUGCUGGGCCCUGGCCUGCAACCCAGGCAU